UCCUUUCUUAAUUAUUUCUUCCUCUCCCCUAUCACUUUUCUUCAACCCUCAUUUCGCUAUGUACUUUUUUCAUAUCUCCAAAAUAAUAAUAAUAAAUAAAUUAAAAGUAAAAAUUAAAAGUUGCUCAUUGACCAGUAGAUCCAACGAGUCUAAAUGUGUUUGUAUUGAAUUCACCAAAAGCAAAAGGGCAGAGAGGUAAAGGGCUUCGGCGGUGGCAGUUCCAAGUUCCAACCUAAACCUAACAGAAGAAGCAAUAGAAGAGAAGGGUUUUGGCCGUUUAUACACCCGGUGGUCACAGCCUAACGCGAACGGCGUUUUAGAGCAAGAGAGGACAAGGGUUUUGGUUAUUUCCUCCUAACGAGCAAGAAGGUUCUGCAUAGUGAAUACCAGAAGAGGAUUUUGUCUAGAAUUAGGGAAUUUCCCUAGGAGAGUUGAGUUAAUGGGUGGAUGCAUUUCAGCAAUGCCGAGGAGGCUGUGGUCUUCUCGAUUGAGACUUCCUCAAGUCCAAUUUCCAGAUCCUGUAAAAAUUCAGAGCGGUCAGGCUGGCAAUUUUUCCCAGAGGGUUCCUCUUUGUCCUUUUCAUUAUAGAGAAACCAGUUCUGGUACCACAGCUCCACCUGCUGCCAGUUCGACCAAUGAGAAUGAGGGUUAUUUUCAACAUGGGGAUUCUCCACCGGGAAUGGAGAGAGUUAGGAGAACGGAAGGGCCUCAUAGCUCCUUACUAUAGGCGAUUCAGGGAGCUAAAAUAUUUUGAUUUGUUUAUGAAAAUGGUACUUUCAAGCAAGAAAGUUUGCACCAUCUGCUACGAUAAUCCAAUGGACAUUGCCUUGGGUUGCAAGCAUCGGAUAUGUAGCACAUGCGAACAGAAGGUUUAUCAUUGCCCACAUUGUCAAACCCCAAUACUUACCAAACUAAAAUUGAUUUGUGGGGAUGAAAAGUUUUGGUGCCCCAUCUGCCUUGCUAAUCCAAAAGGCAUGGUCUUUGGUUGUGGGCAUCAGACAUGUUUGGAAUGUGCACGAGACCUUCAGUCAUGUCCAAAAUGUGGAAGUGUUGGGACCCCAAUGCAGCUGUACUAACAAUUCCAGUUGUUCAUAUAGGUUUUCCAUCAUCGUUUUGUUGAUUGUUGCUUUUGGAUGGUGGUCUGUAUCGGCUGGUUAAUAACCGAUAUAUCAGAAAUGCCACAUGGCAUUAUUUAGAAGAUGAGUUAGUUAAUAUAGGUAUAAGGGUACUGUUGUAAUUAGCACUUGUCGUUAUAUAAGAGGUAAUAGGGCUUUCAUUUGUGUAAGGAAUACAUUGUAAUAUUUUCUGAAGCAUUACUACAAUCUCUCUCUUUCUCUCA